GAAUUGAGAUUUGUUUAACCCGCCUCCUCCCCCACUCGCGCCUCGUUCUGCAAGGCGUGACGUCACGUGAACUACCCGUGUCCCUUCCAGCUGAGAGAGAGGGAGAGGGAGAGAGAGAGAGAGAGAGAAAGAGAGAGGACGUGGACGUCGCGCGGCCUAGACAGACCCGAGCCCGUGCUCCUGUGACUGGAUUCACCGGAAAGAAAAGUACUGACAGAGAAAGAGGAAACGACCCCUCCUCUUCCCGAAGGACAGCAGAGCGCCAGAGCGGAGAGAACACCACAAACUUGUCAUCUGAUCAGUCCAGACGCUGCUCUCGAUGCUCUGUGUGCUUUUUACGAUACACACUUAGGUUGUUUUGUUUUUACGGAGGUUCGCUUUGCAACUAUUUCGGGGAUUUCUCUGUGAACACCGAUUAACUCGGAAUAUUCACCAAUUUUAAUUGUAAUGUCUUUCUGUCCGUGCAGUCUACGGGUCUCAUUGUCAUUUUGACGCCUUUUGCAUUUUUAUUAUGAACAGUAUUCCUGCUCAGAUGGUCCUCCCACACUGGUCCUCUGAGAAUAACAGCGUGAUCUACAACAGUUUUGACAGGAUCCAGCGACAAUGGAAUAUUUAGAUAAAAAUAUCUCUGCAAGGAAUUAAGGAACACUGCAUUACAAGUGAAAGUCAUCCAGCAUACUUGUCCUAUUGGUAGGUACUCUGGUCAGCUUGCUUCGCCCCUUCAGGUGCCCCAGGUGUCUCUGCGACCCCGUCUGGUCCAGGAUGUCAAGGCAGCUUUCCCAGCUUCCGACCCCUGACCUCCCAGCCGGUGCAAGCCCACAGUUUGGAAGUUGUACUCAGCCUGCAGGCUCCCUCACAGGAGGGCAUCUCAACUCUAUGACAGGUCUGAAAUCCCUUCUGCAGCACCCCAUGAAGGGAGACCAGCGUUUAAAAAGCCCGUGUGAUGCGAAAGACAAAGACAGAGUGGAUCUUGAUGAGGACUCCUUGGGAGUGUGCCCUGUGAGGAAUGGCAGUGGAGUAAGCAGCAGUAAUAACAGUAAUAACUGUGGAGGAGGUGGUGGUAGUGGUGGAAAUGGAGGAGGAAGUUUCAACCAGUUCUUAGGGCCUCUCCUGUGGGAUCGCACCCUCCCUGCAGAUGGGGGCCUCUUCCAGCUCCAGUACAUGGACUUGGAGGAGUUUCUGACUGAAAAUGGAAUGGGCAGCAUGCAUAACAACAACAGCUCUAUUUCAGCCCAGAUCCCAUCACAGAGCCCUCAGUCAGCUGUGCCCAACCAGAGCUCCCAGUGCUUACCACCGUCAUCCCCACCUGGCUCUUCAUCCUCUUCACCUUCUUCGUCUUCUUCCCCAUCACUCAUUGGUUUGGAGGUGGCUCCGCCACAGAGCCUUGUAGGAGGAACUGACUGUCUGCAUGGGAGUCAGACGAGUAUGAAUGACUCUUGUGAGUCACCCUCUUCCUCCUCCUCGUCCUCCUGCCCACCUCUGCUGACGCCCACGGGCAGCGGGCCAGAUGCGGUAGGAAUGUUUGACAUGGAUUCUCCGGACAUGGCUAUGUCCAGUGUCUCUAGCCAGCAGAAUUUUGACCCCAGGAGACACUCCUUCAGUGAAGAGGAGCUCAAACCACAGCCAAUGAUCAAGAAGGCCCGCAAGAUCCUGGUGCCUGAUAACAUGAAGGAUGAAAAGUACUGGACCAGGAGGUAUAAAAACAACGAAGCAGCAAAGCGUUCCCGAGAUGCUCGCCGUCUCAAGGAGAACCAGAUAUCUGUGCGUGCUGCCUACCUGGAGAGAGAAAACGCCGCCCUCCGACAGGAAGUGGCCGAGAUGCGGAAGGAACUGUGCCGCUGUCGCAACAUCCUUAGUAAAUACGAGAACCGUCUUGCUGACCAGUGAUGAAGGUGUGGAGCAAAAUCAGGAAGAGGAGGAAUAUAAAAUGGAUUCAAAUUAAGACUGAAUUUUUGGGGUGGCAUGAUGGACAGAAUGGGGUCAGGAUAAUAAUGAUGUUGAGGAGGAAGAUGAUGAUUGUGAUGAUGAAUGUAUAAGAAAAGGAGGUUUGUGUAUUGAAGCUCAGGUGUCUCGUUUUGUUGAGGUGUCAACUCUUAAAAAGUGAUGGAUGGCAAGAUUAAUUUAAUAGAUGAAAGAUGUGACUUUUAAGAGUUUUGUUAUUGGAGAAUUGUAUAUUUUUAUAAUACUUCAGAAAAAUUAAAAGAAAAGCAAAUUUGGAGAAUAAUUUUGUAUAUUUUCUACAUGUCUGGGCCAGAGAUGGGGGAAAGCUGCGGUCAAUAUCUUUUUAUUAUAGAUGAGUCAGGAGAUGUUUAACAGGUGGUCAGCCAUUGAUGGGUAUUUUUCGACUUGAUUAAUGUCAGGAUGCGGCAGCAGGGGCAAGGACGCAUGUAACAAUUGUAAUAUAGAGAGCAAAAUUAUCUUAAAAUCGUGUAGUUCAACAUUUUUGUAGAUUUUAUUCAAGAGCUCAGUUUUCUUUCCUGUUAUGUUUCUGUCACUGGGCACGCUAGAGAGAGACCUAAUGAGAGACGCGAGGGGACACCGAGUAGACAGCCCAGCACUAUCCUCAACACUUGUCUUGACCAGUCUUGUGCGUUCUUUCCAAAUAUAGUACUUCAUCCUUUUUAAUUGACUUGAGUUCCCCAACAAUGUUAACACUUAUUUACGAGAUUGAUGCGUCUUUCCAUACCAGUCCAUACCAGUAUCUGUGACUCUGUCCCUUUUUCUCUAUCCUGGUGGAGUGCUUUGAAUCUACUCUGGUGUUUCAAGUCUUACCUAAGCUGGUGAAAGUGUAUUGUGAUGCCCUGGGUAGCUCUGCCCCUCUUGAUCCUCUCUUUGAAUUGUUGGGACAUUUCUCCAUCCAGCUGCUCUGUUUCUGUCUGCGCUCACUUACAGUCAGUCCCCUCACCAUUGUGUGCAACCUCUUCCCAUAAAGUUUUGUCCCUAUGUCACUCUUUUGUACCUUGAAGGUACAUAAAGCUAGUUAAAUCUCAGUGUUGUAACAUAUUCUGAAAUAGUAAUCAAUCUUUCCAGUACAACGCACAUUGUUGCUUUACUGUACUUUAUGAACACACUUUAAUUAGCAUUGUUACGGAGCGAGAAAUGUUGUGUAUAGUGGAUAGGCCUAUGCUAUUUUGUGUAUUUGAUGUAUUUCAGGAGAUGGGUUGAGUACCCCCAUUGAGUGGAAUAGUGUUAAUUUCUCAGAUUUCUGGGAGAAAUAAAAGCCAAAUUUUCCUGUUGAUCCACAAA